AUGGGUUGCUCUAAAUCAAAAGAAAAAGAAGUCCAUAACCCAGAGGAUCAACAAAAUCCUAGUUCCGUACCUGUCAAAAAACUCUCUAAUAAUAGUUAAUACAAUAGUCCUUUUAAAAAAAUGAAAACAAAAAUUUAGUUCAUACCUCCAUUAGUUUUUGAUGAAAAUGGGGGUAGAGCUCAUGAUUAAUAUGUUCAAAAAGUGAAUGAUGGAGAAGGCUCUAGUUAAUUCAAAUUUGUUAGCCAAAAAAGUGGCAUGAGUUAAGAAGGAAGCAAAAAGCACAAAAGAUAGAAAAAAUAAUAUAAAUUUGUGAAAGAAACUAUUGAUGAUAAUGAAAAUAAGCAUAAUUGUUUAGAAGUAGAAGAAGAUGCUAAAUUUGAUGAAAAUGGUAUGACUAACUUUGAAACGCAAUAAAAUGAUGACUUCACUACUUAAGUGAUCAAAAUUGGAAAAUAAUAAAAUAAUUAUUAAUAAAGAAUAUCUAUUGAAAACAAUCAUUUUGCUGAAAAGAAUAAAGAAAAUAAAGUUUAGAGGCAACAAAGUAGAAGUUAUUCUAAAAUAGACCAAUCUAACUCUAACAAAGAAGUUAAAAAAAUGGGAAGUUCCAUUUAAAGGAGAUAGAAAAGUAGUAAAAUGAGUAUAAGUGAGAGUAAAAAGAUAAUUUCCCAUAAAUCAUCUUUGGUGAAAGAUAAAAAUGAUCAGAUAGUUGAUGAAAAAGAAGAAAAUCAGCAAGUUGUAAAUAGCCUUUCUAAGGCGUCAUCACAAAAUUUUGAGUUGAAAGAAAAUUAAUUUUUCUUCUAGCAAGCAAACAUAACAAAAUAAUAAAUUGAAUAAGACUUGAAAGUGGAAGAAAUAGAAGAUGAUUAAGAAUUAAUUAAAUAAAACAAAAAUAACAAUUAAUUAAACUGUGAUAUUGAAACAAGCAAUGCAGAUAUUUUAAAUUAAUUUUAAAUUAAAGAGGUAGAAUGUGACAAAAAAUCAGAUGAGUAACAAUAAAAUAAUAAUAAAAUUUGCUAAAAAAAUGAAAAUGAAAAUACUAAUUUAGAAAAUUAAAAUAAUUUAAAAAAUAACCAUUUAAUUGAGAGCAAUGUAAUUUAAAAUAAUCUUUUUUCUAAUGAAAUUAAUGUUGAAGAUUCUUAAAACAAAAAGCAUGAUUAUUAGCAGAAAAUAUCAGACUAAUCAACACUAAGUGAUAAAGCUAUUCCAUAAUAAAAUCAAUAAUCCAAUAGUUUAGCAAAUAGCUCUGAAUAGAAUAUAAUUAAGAAUGUCAAUACCAUCAAAAGUUUUAAUAUGAUUGAUGAAUAAUAGGCUAAUAAUAAUGAUAAUCCAAUUAUUGAAUCAUAAAUCCCUUUACUUACUAAUCAAUAACUUAGCAAAUGUGAGUAGUUACCUGAAUUCUAUGUAGAUAAAUGUCCAGAACCUAGCAGUAUUGGAUCUUUUAUUAAUGAUAGCAGUCCAAUUAAUGGCAGCAAUAAUGAUAAUAUGAUUGGCUGCAAAGACAGCAGCAUCUCUUUCGAAUUAACUGCUUAGGCAAAUAACCAAGAAAAAAAUAGUAGCAACAACUACUUGGCUGUCCAUAAAUAUAAUUUUAAAGAACCAAAACACAAAUUUAAUGAUAAAGAUGAUAGUAAUUAAAAUAAGUAUAAAGAGGCAAGUGAUAUUGAGAGCAAAGGAUUUACUUUUUAAAGUGAUGAAUCAAACAGUGAAUAAAUACUUGUUGAUAUUUCGAUUAAAUAAAAUGAUAGUACAGACAAAUAGACUUAAGACUAAGACUAAGAUUAAGAUUAAGAGGAGAUGAAAGAAGAUGAUAUUUUCUAACCUAUAGUAAAUAAUUAAGCAGAUCAAGAUAAUAUAGCUAACUAAAUUUAAGAGGAUGCCCAAAGAGAAGAAAAUUAAAUUGACAAAUAGAAUAAAAAAUAAUAAGAUAAUAAUUAACCUAACAAUGAGCAAACUUAGUUUGAAAGUUAAAUUAAUUAAAAAGAUGAAUGUAUGUAAGAAUAACAAACUAAUUAAUUAUUAGAUAUCAAAAAAGAAAUUCCAGAUGAAAUUACCAAUUUAAAGAAUGAAGAUUCCAGCGAAAUACAAUUAGAAAAUAAAAAAGAUUUAGAUCAAAAUACCGAAUAGGAAUAAAGUAAAGAUGAAGAACAAUAAGCAGUUGUUAGAAAAAAAAGAUUUACUAUUCCUCAAAAAAAGUUAACCAAAAUGUCUUAGUUUUAUAAUCAUAGGAAAAGCAUAUCAGUAAGUGUUGAUAGCUUAGAUAAUAAGAAUGAAAAAGAUUAACAAAUACAAUCAAAUACCUUACAACCAGGCUCAAGUUCUUUAAAAAAUAUUACAGAUGUUUAAAAGUCAUAAUAAAUUGAAAAUAAAAAUUUAAAAGAAGUGGAGUUUAAUCAAAAAUCUGACAAUGGUUCUAGUAAAAAUAGCUUAAAUAAAUAAAGCACAAAUAGACUCAGCAUAUUUAAUGAGGGAAAGAAACAAAAUGAUCAGUUGGAUACAGAUAAAAAUCUUGAAAAUUAAACAUAAAAAAAAGAAGAAAAUCAAUCAAAAUCUUCUAAACUUUUAGAAGAUUAAGUAUUUAAACAGAUUCUUAAAAAAUAAUUUUCUUAGAAUAAAGAAUAAGCAUAAAUACUUAGUUAAGGCUUGUUAUUGGAUGAUUGUGAAAAAUAAAAUUUAGAAUAAAAAGUAAUGCUUGGAUAUGAGGAUCAAUAGAUCAAAUCUAAAUCCUCCUUUUCAAAUAAAGAGAUAAAAGAUGAUAAACUACUUAAAGAAUGUGACAUUUAAAAGUUUAAUUAAAUAGAUACGAUGAUUGAUAAAUAAGAGAUAGAGAGUAUUAGUGAAAAUUUAAGCUAAGGAGAACUUUAUUAAGAAAAUGUUAUCGAUACAAAAUAAUAAUAUCAGUACAAUGUAAACUUUAAUUAAAAUUAAGAAAUCAAUAAUGCAUAAAAUUAGUUUACUUAGGAAAAUAUCCUUUACUUAUGUGAGAAAUUAGAGUAGCUAAAACUUUAGUAAGAGGUCAUAAUUAAUUCUGAAAAGAUCAUUUUCUAGUAAUAUGACAUCCCUCCAAUUAAAAAAACAAGGACAUUUUCACCUACUUUUGCUGAAUCCUACAAUAAAUCAAAAGAAAAUUUUAUUGAAGAUGAAACAAUUUUAUAAAAUAAUGAAUAGAAUGAAUAUAAUUCUGAAAAUACUGUGAAUAAUAAAUUUCAAAUUAAAAAUUACCCUAUAGAGAGUUUAAAAAAAUAAACAAAUUGCUCACUUAAUCAGUAGUCAUUAUAAAUAGAAGAAAAUACAUCGAUCGGAUAAAACAAAUCAUAAACUUCAAUAAGAAAUUUUAUUAAAUAAGAAAUAAAUAAUCCUCAAAUAAUCGCAAAAAAUUCAAUAAAAAUUAAUUUAGAAUCUGAAAAUAAAACUUGUUUAUUUUCCUUAUUGUCAGUUCAAGAAAAGUAAGAAAAGUUAAAAAGUAAUUCUUUAAAAUAAAUAGAUUGUAAUUAUCUAAAUAAUGAUAAGUAGAAAAACUAAGAUUUAACAUCUAUUUAAAAAAUUAAUGAACAACCUAUUUCAAUAGAAAUACCUCUUUAAAUAUAGUAAAGCAGUUCUAAAAUUACAUAAUAAAAUAAUGAAAAAAUUCAAGAAAAAGGAGUCUCUAUUUCCCUUCCUAGUAAAGUUAUAUCUAUAAAUAUUGAAUAAAUUAACUCUAAAUAUUAAAAUGAAAUCUCAGUUUCGGAAUAAUUAUUCACUGAUUAGGAGUUUCCUCCUUCUGAGGAAAGCUUUACCAAGAAUUUAAGCAAAUUUUAAAGGGCAAAAGGAUUACAGUGGAAAAGAAUAAUUUAAUUUUAAGAGGGUGUUAAGAAACACAAAUAAAUUGCUAUUUAUGGAUAAUAAAAUCAAAUAUCAGUCAAAGACACUGUUUAAGGCUGGAUAGCUAAUUGCUAUUUUGUUGCUUCUCUAACGUGUAUUGCUUAAUAUCCACAACUUGUAAAAAAAUUAUUCAACAAUAUUCAAGGUAACUAGGACUAAAAGAAUAAUAAUUUGUAAGCAGUUUUAGAAAAAUAAGAUGGUUCUUUAUAAAAUACUAAAAAUUCCUGCUAUUCCGUAAAUAUGUGCAUAGAUGGUUAAUGGCAGACUGUGUUAAUUGAUGAUAAUUUACCUUGUAGAAAAAAUGACUCUGAUCCUAUAUUUUGCAAGUUUUCUAAUGAUACCAAGGCUUAUUGGACAUGCUUGCUUGAAAAGGCUUAUGCUAAGUUUAAAGGUUGUUAUUCAAAUAUAGAAGGCGGGAAAAAUAAAAAUGGCUCAAGUGAUGCAGUUGUGGAUAUGACUGGAGCACCAAGUAAACAUGUUCCUUUUAAAAACUCAAAUAAAGAAGAAAUAUGGAAAAUGAUCCAUGAAGGUAAGCAAAAGGGCUACUUAUUUACUACGAUGCUAAAAGAUGAAAUAGAGGAAAACUAAGUAGAUUAAUUAGAUUAACAAUAGCAGUAAUAAUAUAACUCAAAUGCAAGUUUAGAUGGAUAAGCCAAGUAAAAUGGAUUGAUUUCUAAUCAUGCAUACUCCAUUCUAGAAACAGAUGAAAUCGAUGGUAUCAAAAUUCUGAAAUUAAAGAAUCCUUGGGGAAAAACAGAGUGGAAUGGGAAAUGGUCUGACCAAUGCACGCUAACGUGGACAGAGAAAUUAAAAUAAAGACAUUAGCUUGAAGUGGCAAACGAUGGAAUAUUUUGGAUGAGUUUCUGCGAUUAUUUUGAUAAUUUUUGCAGUCUAUGUAUAAGCUAUGUAAAUGUGGAUUAUUUUUAUUCAUCUCUAGCAUUUGAAAAUAAUCAAAAAAGUGAAAAACAAGUUAAUGUGUAUACUGUAUAAUAGUUAGAAAAGUAAGUAGAGGGCUACUUUAUAAUAUAUUAGAACCGAGAGCAUCUCAUUGAAGAAUAUGAAAGCAACUAAUAUGUAAAUCAUUUAGUUAAAAUCAAUGAAAUGUCUUCAGAUGGAAAGGAAAUAAUUAAACAAGUAGCACAGAUAUACAUCUCUACCACGAAAUUUGCCUUUACAGAAAUAAAAUUUGAGCCUAAAAAGAUAUACAAAAUAGUAUUAGUAACUGAAAAAUCGAGUAAUAUAGUUUUAGCUUUCUAUACAAGUGACUUAAUACCUCUUUCUAAUAAAUACCUUGAAAUAGACUGUUCUUAAGAAAUCCUUAUUUAAUAAGCAAGGCUGCUUGCAAAAAAGGAAAAAAUAAAUCCUCUUUACCAAGUUUACUGGAUUUCUUUUUUUUGUGAGCAGAAUCACAUCGUUGAAAUUGUUAAUGAUACAACUGAUAAAAUAUUCCAGCAAAAUAUAAAAUUUAUUCUUAGCAAUAUUGAAAUAGAUACCCAACUGAAAGAAAAUGAGUAUAAUAUAAUUAAAGUAAUGCCUAAAUCUACUAUCAGAUAUAUAUUCAAAAAAAUCAACCCUAAACAGUAAGUAUAAAUUUAAUAUUCAAAAUAUGAUCCAGAAUUUUUAGAUUUAUGA